AUGGAACACAGCAACCCCGCAGACCAUCAGUCUAGUGCUGUCAGCGUCGCCGAACAGGCCGCGGUUAUUAUUAUUGAAAACAUCAACAACAACAGCAGCAUUGUUAGCGAUAGCAGCUUCUACAUCAAUGGGACCAUCAGCUCUACCACAGUCAAUGCCAACUUGAGCUUCGCCGAAUCUUACGAUGUACCGACUGGUCUGAUAUGUCUGCUGGCCUUUCUGUAUGGGUCCAUCUCACUGCUGGCUGUCAUCGGUAAUGGGCUUGUUAUCUUAGUGAUUGUGAAGAAUGGUCGCAUGCACACAGUGACGAACAUAUUCAUAGCCAAUCUGGCGGUUGCUGAUGUCAUUAUUGGCUUGUUUUCCAUACCGUUCCAGGUGAGUACUUUUGAUAAUGUGUUGCCCGUUUUUCUCCUCAUGUGUUAUUUGUCUUGUAUGUCUGUGAGUGCUUUUGAUGAUAUGUUGGCCGUUUUUCUCCUCAUGUGUUAUUUGUCUUCUGCCCUAUUGCAACGAUGGGUCUUGGCCAAUUUUAUGUGUUCACUGGCUCCAUUCGUGCAAGUCAUCAGUGUCAACGUCAGCAUCUUCACCCUGAGCGUCAUCGCCGUCGACCGCUACAUCGCCGUUAUUCAUCCGUUCAAAGCUGGCUGUUCCAAAAAAUCCGCAGCCAUCAUCAUCAGCGUCAUCUGGGCUGUCGGAAUAGGAAUAGCCGUUCCAGUUCAGCGAUAUUACUGGGUGGAUUAUAUUCAGGAGGGCGACAGCCUGGUUCCCUGGUGCACCGUACAUCCGCCGGAGUCUUGGUCGGGAUUCAACGACUACUAUUCAAUGCUGCUUGUGUGUGUUCAGUAUCUGCUGCCUCUGGUGAUCAUUACGUUCUGUUACUCCAGGAUUGCCUGGCAUAUUUGGGGCUCUAGACGCCCGGGUGCUCAGGUCACGUGCGAGGACGUCCGGGGAAGGAACAAGAGAAAGGUAA